ACUGCCAGUAUGAUCAGGAGAAAAUGUCGGAGGAUAAGAAACUUUAUACUCUGCCUAGCAUUUCUUUUCUGCAUUAGCUUACUGAGAAUGAAUAAUGAUAAGACUCAAAACAGAUAUUGUCCUUCUGAUACUCUUUUUGAAACUGUGCAUAUAUUUAACUCAAUAGCUGAAGCUAGGUCACACUGGAAAUCGGUGGAAUAUAUUGUGAUCAAUGUCCUUGAUGGUUCUACAUUCCAAUCAAUUUUUGAAUGCUGUAUAUUUGGAGAAAACAUGUUUAGAGUGCAUCAAUCAGAGGCUGUUGUCGAAGACAAAUUUCAGUACAGAUCGAUGAAGCCUGAACUAAUAGCUAAGAAAUAUAAGUGCUCAAUAAAGAACAUUAAAUUCAAGCCAGUACAUAUUGGACUGGUGGAAAAUGGAAACUCUUGUGAUCCAUGUCUUACAGUGACGUCUGUCAUAUAUCCUGUAGUCAUGGUACAUGGUAUAGGUGUAUGUGCAAAAAUUGCUUUUAAUUAUCUCAACCCUUUGUAUCUUAUUGAAUGGUUUGAAUACCAGAUAAUGAUGGAAGUAGAUACAGUUGUUGUUAUGUUACAAUACAUAAAUGACGAAGCAUUUGAAGUGUUUAAGUACUACAAACAAAAAGGUUUAUUAAAAAUAUUGCCGUAUCCAAUAGAACUACCAGGAAAAACAGAUCGUGGAUUUGAAUCAACAAAUUGGCACUUUGAUCAAAGUGUUCAUGAUGAACAGGUUGCGGUUUACACAUGUCAGGGAUAUUUUCAAGGAUAUGAAUUAGUUGCAAUCAUCGAUUUCGACGAAUUCAUUGUGCAGGAUGAAUUAUUAUCAUACAAAACCAUGCUAAAGUCCGAAUUAUUGCCAUUGUAUCCACUGGCUGCAGCAUUCACAUUCAAUGUAUCUUUUUUCAUAACGGACUGGGGAGUUUCAGGAGUAGAACCACUACUAACAAGUCAAUACAUUAAAAGAACAAGUCCUCGAUAUGAACGGUUUAAAACUAUGUACAUCCCAAAAAGAACUCAAGAUGUGAACACACAUUAUGUCCAUUCAAAACCUGGAUACAAAAGGAUUGUCAAGGCAAGACAAUUAGAAGAUGUAUGAUUGCCAAUGAGACGACUCUCCAUGCAAGACCAAUUGUAAACAAUAAGUCACAGUACAGCCUUCAACAUGGAACCUAGGCCAGCACUGCAAAUUAAGCUAAAGAAGGCACUAAAAUGACCAAAAUGAAACAAUUAUAAAUAAAAGAAGGAUGAUUUUGCAGAAUUUAAUUCUACUUAGAUCCCAUAAUGUUGUUUUACAUCAUUAUAGAAAAUGUCCACAUGAUCGGAAAUGGAAAUAUUGCAUGUAUUUAACUCCAACUAUUGAUAAGAAGAUGCUUAAACUGAUGUCAAAGCUGCUAAGAAAUGUGAUGGCCGUAAAGAAGCUAAUUGGUAUCAUCUGAUUCAUAUUAUGAAGAAGAGCUAUUGAAAUAUGCAUUUGUUAACUCUUUCAAAUAACGAAAACAGAUGUGAAGUGGCCUUGGAAUGCUGCAAAUUAUAAAAGAGGGUUUCGAUCUACCAUUUGUUAUAUUUAUUGAAUUUUAUCUAUUAUCAUAGAGUGGCCUUUAAAAAAGAUUGUAAGCCAAUUUUACAACGGAAAUAUUAAUUGAUUGGUAAGUAAAAAUCAACGGAAAUGGCAAAACCUUCCGAAAUGAGGGAUACUUUGAUCCUGUGUCGGUUACAACAGUUUCUAAAUAAGGUCAGCCAUACCUUUUGUAAAAGAGAGGCGAAAGAUACCAAAGGACAAUAAAACUAAUGGUUAUGUUAAUGUUUAUUAAAUAUGACCAGGUUUGGGGUACCGUUAAAACAGUAGUAAAAGCUAGUAAGCUUAUAUCAGUGUGUGUUUUUGUACAUGCUCUCAAUAGCAGUAAGUUCUCUGUUAGCAUAAGCUUGUACUAUAAUCGUUGUUCAGAUCAUUUCUUCUAGAGUAUUGCCGUGUGUAUUUGAAAACAAAAUACAUACAGAUAAAUAGUCUAUCGCUUAGUACUGUAACAAUAUAAUAGCAUCAUUCAAUCCAUUUUUGUCCAGUUUAUUUCCCCCCAAUUUUCCAACAAACAAUCGACAUACCCAUGGGAACCUACAGUAAUUCUCUUCUUGCCGAUUUGUUUCUGUAUUCAUACGAGACUUCAUACAGGGUAUUAUGAGGAAGAACAAAAAGAAGCAAGCAUUAUCCAUUUACUUAACGUUCCUCUACAUAAUUUAUGCCCGCUCACUAAAUAAUUCAAAGUUUGGUGACUAUGAUGCACGCACCUAUCCCAUCGAACCUGAAAUAAAUGAUGCCACAUGUACUGUUACAUCCAGCAAUUGACAAUGAGGGUCGCUUGAGAACAAAACUUUACGACAAAAGAAAUGAUUUCAAUUUCCAAAAUGUAAGCUUUACAAUUCUAGGUACUAGUAGCAACAUUCCAGACAGCAGCGCAUGAAUAAGGAUAGUAUAUAUCUCUGAAUUGAUACGAUACUACAAAUCUUGCAUUUCCGUUCACAAUUUUUUUGAAAGAGAGUAGCUGGUUUCAAGGAAGCUAUUAAUACAGUAUUUGCAAGCCGUGAAGUUGAAAUCAUACCGUUGAAAAUUUUAUGGACGCCGUCUCAAAAUGUUUGACCGUUAUAGAAUAUAUGUUUCACAAAUAACGACGGAUAUAUGUCAACUUUCGUAACCACAUCCCGUCCUCUUUUCUUCAAUUGUGACAACCGAAAUCGACUUAUUACCGGGUAUGUACUUACACGAGCAACAGGAGGGGUGUCACAUAUAGAUCAGCAUCUGCUUACCCUUCCGGAGUAUCUAAGAUCCUCCGGUUCCUGGUCGGGUUCGUGUUGUUUGUCUUCUUGUCGGUUUUCGUUUUUUCCUAUGGCAUUGUCAGUUGGUUUUAGACUUAUGCAUUUGAAUAUCCGUUUGUAAUCUCCCGCCUCUCUUUUUCAACAUUUAUAUUUUUUUGGUUAGAAGAGUCAUUCCCAAAACUUUUUUUAUAAGCAUUUCAUGUACAUGAUGUAUGAAUGAUAUGUUUUUACCUUUUCAGCUAUCAACCAAAGAUGAAAUACUAGAUCUUCCUUCACUUUAUUGGAUACCUAAAUUACAUAAGUACAUAAGUGUCCUUACAAACAACGUUAUAUUGCUAGUUCUUCCUUGUGCUCCACGAAACCUCUUACUAAAUUAUAAACAUCAACGAUCAAAGCCGGGCUUCAAAGUUAUUGUGUAACUACCUUAUCUUAAGGCGAUGUGAAUCAGAGGUGGAUACUAAAAAAAUCCAAAGAUCAGAUACAGUUCAUUCAAUCUAAGAUUUUGCAGUAGUAUUAAAAAAUCUUUACAAAAAUAUUCCCGAAUCCAAACUAAAAGACAAAUUAAAAGAAUGGAUCCUGCUUUGUUUCAUAACAAAGAAUGGUAAACGUAGAUACAAGUAUCUUGUCUUUGGUAGGGAUAAAUCGCAACACGAUGGGUGUCACACGUGGAGUAGGAUCUGCUUUCCCUUCCAGAGCACAUGAGAUAACACCUAGUUUUUAGUUGGGUUUGGUUACUCAUUCUUUAGUUUUCUAUGUAAUGUUUUGAAUACUGUAGUUUGUCUGUUGGUCUUUUUCUUUUUUAGCUAUGGCGUUGUCAGUUUAUUUUUGACUUAUGAGUUUAAAUGUCCCUUUGGUAUUUUUCGCCUCUCUUGUAAACCAUAACUCUGAUUCAAACAAAAAAAAAAUCUGACAAUAUCAAGAUGCUUGACUUCUUGAUUGACAACAUAUUUGUUACGUUUUGAGGACGUGAUUUUUUAAUCGGGAUUCUAAUGGGAACAUACUGUGCUCCUCUUCUUGUCAAUUUGUUCCUUUAUUCUUAUUAGGCUGAAUUUAUACCAAAGCUUCUGAGGAAUAACAAAAAGAAGCAAGCAUUAUCCUUGAACUUCACUUUCCUCUAUAUAGAUGAUGUCAGCUCGCUAUAAUUCAAAGUUUGGUGAAUAUGUUGAACGCAUCUAUCCCAUCGAACUUGAAAUAAAGGAUACAACAGAUACAAUAACGGUUGCCUUAUAUCUAAACUUACAUCGAAAAAUUGACAAUUAGGGUCGGCUGAGAACUAAACGUUACGACAACAGAGAUGAAUUCAGCUUCCCAAUUGUGAACUUUCUAUUUCUAUGUAGGUUGAUCGUUAUGCAAAUGUAGACGGAUAUGAUCCAAUUGCCGUAACCACAAACCCUUUCCCUUUCCUCCGAACGUGACCUACCGAAUAAGACUUAUAACUGGAUUUGAUCUGAAAUGAGCAACACGACGGGUGACACAUUUGAAGUAGAUUCUGCUUACCCUUCGGGAGCACAUGAGAUAACCUCUGGUUUUUGGUGGUAUUUGUGUUGCUUAAACUUUAGUUUUCUAUGUUGUGUAUUGUAUACCGUUGGGUUUUUUUUAAUUCUUUUUCUUUUUUUGCAAUGCCGUUCUAGAUUUAAUUUCGACUUAUGAGGUUGAAUGUCUAUUUUGGUAUCUUUUGCCUAUCUUUAUGCAUUUUGAUUCUUUAAUAAAAAUGUAAUUUUUGAUAUUAUAGUCCUCAUGGAUUCAAAUUUGUCCGAUUUAUUUAGAUGCUGCUGUUUCAUUCUCAUAAUCAAACGUAAACAUCAUAAAUGCUUGGUGACUUUUUCAAUAACUGAUAGAUUCAACGCUCAAAUAACUCUUAAUACAUUUUUUAAGAGUUAUAGCCAGUAUUCCAGGGAUUCCCCUUUAAAUCAGAUAAAACAAUAAAAUCUUAAGUAAAAGAUUAACUUAAACCAUCCAUUAUGAUUGAAAGCAAAAGACAAAACAUAUGUAUAGAUUCAUUAAUAAUAAUAGAAAGGAAGAUAAACUUCCAUGUUUCUAAAACUGAAAAAUUGUUACUUAAUUAAGAUUGUGUCAGCUCAAAACACUCAAUUUUAAAAUUGGUAUUUAUUCAUAUAGACGAUUACAGGCUGAAAACAUUUAGAUGGAACUUGCAUCAAAUUCUUUCUAGUAAAUAACUACUUUUUUCAAAAGAAGACAUUAACUGUGACGGGUGUAAACAAACUACCUUUUUAUGAAGUAGUCAUGUUUUAAAAUUUCAUUUUGAUGAAUAUAAAUAAGAAGAUGCAGUUUUCACAAAUUAGUUUGCGUUUCCUCCUCGAGGUUAUCACCAGCCCAGUAGUUAGCACUUUAGUAUUGACGGAAAAUAUCAUUGAUAGGUUCACUUUCUGUAAAUCUACUGUAAAUAAAACAUGAAUUAUUCACAAUAAGCGCUUAAACUUCUUUUGCGAUUUGGCCAUUAGACUUUUUUUUAAUUUGAGCGCCACUGAUGAGUUUGCUGAAGACAGAACGGGCGUCAGGCGUACACAAUUAUCUGGUAUCUUCGAUGAAUUUUAACAACCACUUGGUUAAUGCCUCUGCCGUUGGACGUUCCGUUCCCAAGGUUAUCACCAGCCAAGAAGUCAGCACUUUUGUGAUGACAUGAAAUAUCCUUAUUUGUUCAUUUCUGUAAAUAUACUUUAUAUGAAACGUUGAAUUAUUCGAAACACUAAGGUUUUUCUUCCCCCCAGGUAUAAAUUGCCAUAGCCGUAUU